AAACGCAAGAAAGUUAGAAAAGUAGAAACCCACCUUCCCAAGAAGACGAUCACACUGUACACAGAACAGAAGAGGAAAAUCCCACAUGAGUUCUUCUGAGGAUAAAACAUGUGCUAUUUGCCUGGGGAGUGUGGAAACAGGGCAAGGCCAGGCUAUCUUUACAGCUGAGUGCUCCCACUCCUUCCAUUUCGCCUGCAUCGGCAACAGUGUCACACAUGGCAAUUAUCUUUGCCCUGUUUGCCGUGCUAGAUGGAAUGAUCUCCCGUUUGUUAUGCAAAACUUGAAUCUUAAUGCUAAUAAUAGUAGCAUAGAUCACGAAUCAUUCCAUGACAGCCGGAAUCUGUUUUUCCCCAACCCCCAACAACAACCCCCGGUGCGACGCCGCCCUGUAUUUGAGCCAGAGCCUCUUCAAUUUUCUGAUGACGAACCCCUGCCUGCUGUGACUACCGAUGUUUCACCUUCUGGCUUGCAGAAUGUCAGUAUCAAGGCUGUUCCAGAGCGCGCAGCUAUUGCUGCUUCAGAGUCUAUACCUCGUUUUGCAGUUCUUGUAGGACUAAGGGCACCAUCCCUAUCAGAAGAUGCUCGUCAGAUGCAACGUGCUCCUAUUGACCUUGUUACUGUGCUUGAUGUUAGUGGCAGCAUGUACGGAUCGAAGUUGAAUCUCCUUAAGCGUGCUGUUAACUUUGUUGUAGAUAACUUGGGCCCGCUUGACCGACUCUCAGUAGUGUCUUUCUCAACUCACGCUCGGAGAAUUUUUCCCUUGCGAAGAAUGACGGAGCAUGGCCGUGAUGACGCUAAACGGGCUGUAAAUUCACUUUUAGCGAGUGGUUCCACUAACAUUGUGGAAGGUCUGAAGAAGGGAGUUCAGGUUCUUGAAGAAAGGCAUCAUCACAACCCGGUAGCGAGUAUCAUAUUCUUGUCUGACGGGAGAGAUACUUGUAACUUUGGCUCUCAGCUUCCUACAUUCUCGAAUCAGAGACAGCCUCCUCAAUAUCUGCUUUUAUUGCCUGCUUCUAUCUGUCCUGGUAAUAGAGAAAAUCAAGACCAUGACCAGCGAGAGAUCUUUCCAGUCCAUGCAUUUGGUUUUGGCUCAGACCAUGAUCCUCUUACAAUGCAUGCCAUUUCUGAUUCAUCGGGCGGCACCUUCUCCUUCAUUGAGUCAUAUGAGAUGGUGCAAGAUGCCUUUGCAAGCUGUAUCGGCGGUCUCCUUAGCGUUGUAACUCAGGAGCUUCGUCUAAUGGUGAGAUCUGCUUCACACGGGGUGGAAAUUAAAUCAAUUCCUUCAGGAAGAUAUGCUAGUGAAAUCUCUGAUCAAGGAUCUCAAGGUACAAUUAAUGUUGGUGACCUUUAUGCAGAUGAGGAGAAAGAAUUCUUGGUUAACAUAUCAGUCCCAACACUCACGAAUGCUGAAGGUGAGGAAAGCGAGAGAAAGACGUCACUUUUGGAUAUCACGUGUUCGUACCGAGACGUCGUUUCAAAAGAGAUGGUACAGAUAGAUGGCGAUCUUGUUGAGAUACGACGACCAGAGUCUCCCUCCCCUCCAGAUUUGGUUGUAAAUUUAGAGGUAGACAGGCAGAGAAAUCGCCUCAAUGCCGCAGAAAGCAUUGCAGAGGCUCAACGAAUGGCAGAAACAGGCAAUCUGUUGGGUGCGCAAUCUCUUCUCUCAAACGGGAGAUCAGCUCUUCUUGCUUCACCAUCUGGCCAAGCUGGUGAUGGCCUUUGUAUGUGGCUUGAAGCCGAGAUGAAAGAAACCGAACAAAGAAUGGGAAGUCGGCACAGAUAUGAACGAGAAGGCCGGGCCUAUGCCCUCUCCAAUAUGAGUGCCCAUGGUUAUCAGAGAGCGACAACUAGAGGCAGCAGGGCAGCAGCUGCAUUUGGUGGAAGCGCUAGCUUUUAUAGCGGAGACUUGUCUGCCACAGAUAGUGCUAGUUUUAAUGGAUAUGUGACUCCCCUCAUGGCCAGUAUGGUAAGCAAAUCUCAGCAGCUUAACAAGACAGAAGAUGCUACUGCAAGCACACCUCAGCAGCUGAACAAGACAGAAGAUGCUACCCCAAACAAUUCUCAGCAGCUUAACAAGACAGAAGAUGCUACUCCAAGGCAAGAAUAGGCUCUUGUCAUCAUUGAUUGGUCAGGUAUUUCCUGAUGCUCUUUUCUCUCUGUUACGUUUCUCCUACGGCCCUUUUUGGUACUCGGGACAUGUUAAUUUCUGGUUAUGUGGAUUGAAGUGUCAUUCAGGAGAGCAAUGGAGAACAACUUAUACUGUGUAUAGAGAUCCAAGUUACCUGUUUUGGCAUUCUAGUCUAUAACCUGCCUAAUCUCAUGAUUCUUUAGAUGUUCUCAUGGUGGGACUCUUGUGAUCAAUCAUUUUGCAUAUGCUCAUUAUUGGGCUACACAAACUCGAUCCAUCUGACGCUGGAGUGACCGAUAUUAUCAUUGAUAUCGUUGCUCCAGUUUCAGUGUCUUGCGCUUGAUGUUGUGGAUCAUAACCAAAUGGUUUAAGAUGAUAGUGGAAAUACGAGUCCAGUCGAAGAUAAUAAUAGUGUAAUUUUCGACUCCAUUCGUACCCUGUCACUUAGGUUCCAGCUCCUCAAUUAUAUUCUUCCUCUUUGAUCACCCUUAGAUGAAAGUUAGAUUUUCUGGGGAAUGAUUGUUUGUGUUUCUUGAUUACAAAGCUUGCUUUUCUCAAACAAUGGCCAAAAGAGAAACCAGAAAUGCAUCUUAACCCCUCACUAUUUAUGUCACUAAAAAUAUCCCUCGAAGUCGCCAACACUAUGUUGAAUUGGCCAAAUCUGUGUCUCAAGUGCGAAUAAUUUUUUUUUUAUUUUUUUUGUGCCAUUUGGCCCUUUUUCAAUAAUCAAAAGAUUAGAUUUAAAAAAAAAUUAUGUCUUGAUAAAAAUUUAUUUCUAGCUUUUAGUCUCACACCGUAAUUAUUUUUUAUUUAAAUUUUUUGUAUGUCCAUCCAAUAAUUUUUUAGUUAUUGGAUUUAGUUGCAAUUUGCGUUUGGAUGAUCAGUUCUGAAAUUGUGAAUUUGAAGGUUAUAAUUAUUUUUUUUUCCAAAAUUAAUUAUUUCAAGAUUUGUCUCUUGUAUAAUUAAUAUGCAAAGUCCAGGUGAAAUGUGCGUCUAAAAAAGACGAGUUUAGGAUCGAAUAUCAUAUGAUUUCUUUAGGUCUGAAUUUUUAAGUGGGAUUUUUGCAAUAAUUAUGUUUUAAAAUAUUUUGUUCUUCUGUCAUCUUUGAUGGUGUUACGAGGGAGAGCUCAUAGAGAAAGACAUUAAAAUUAGGGAAAAAUUGUAAGUCCUGUAUGAUAUUGUAUUUUUGGUCCUACAGUUUAGAGGUUUCGCGGAUAAACAUUCUAGCAUUUUGGU